AUGGUUCCACUUCCACCCAAGCACAGAUCGUUCAUUACAGUUGAAGAAGGCCUCACAUCAAGCAAUGUUCCCGCUCCCGAAGGCUUCAGCCUUGUCACGUCCCACAUUUACAUCAAAUUCAUCGUCUUUUUCGAAAACACAAGGAACGACCCUCAUUUUAUGAACCCAGUUUGGUUCAGAUCCAAGUUGGCGGAAGCUCUGAAUCUUCAUCACCCCUACACUGGCCGAUUGAUCAAAAAGGAGAAUGGCCGAUACGAGAUUGGACACUUUGAUAAAGGUGCUCUGUUUGAAGUUUGCGAUUCCGCAGAUGAUUUUCAACAAUGGAAAAAGAGCAACUUUUCAUACAAUGUGGUGCCUUAUGAGGACUUGAUCCCUAUCAAGAAAUACGUUGGCAGAGACUCUGCUUUGCUCGGUACUCGCUUGACUUUUACCAAAAAUGGUGGUUGCGCCCUUGCCAUGUCAGCUCACCACAAGAUUGCAGAUGGCAUUUGUUUGACACAAAUGCUCGAUAAAUUUGUACGUAUCUGUCGUGGAGAGGGCCUGGAGGAAGACGAAAUCUGUAUCUACACUGACAAGAUGAGAAAGCCUGUAAAGCCUCUACCCAAUGUGGAUCACAGCAUCUUAUAUCCUCGCUAUCCCGUUGGAGAAGCACCUGCUCCCACUAUUCAGCCUGCUCCCUCCAAGAAACUCAUUUUUGAAUUCGACAAGAACGCUCUCAAUCAACUAAAGAAGAGUGUCAUCGAAUCUGGAAACGAGCCUAAUGUGAAAUUGACACAGUUUGAAGUCUUGACAGCAAUGAUCCAUAGGGCCAUCAUCAAAGCUAGAAGAGAUCAACCUGAUCAGUUGGCAGAUUUGCUUUGCAUUGUCAGUCAACGCCAUUUUCACCCUGAUGAGAAUAUGAUCAACUAUUUCGGAAAUUACAUUGUACCUGUUCCUGUGCCAUUCACUGCCAAAGAAGCGCUUGAUAAAGGCUUAUUCCACGUUGCAAGGGAGUUGGGCAAGGGAAUUCGCUCCAUGACUGUGCCUUACAUGGAAUCCUUGGAAUACUACAUUAAUAAUAGCGAAAACGUUGAAGAAAUUGUCAGUCCUAUCAGUCGCUUAGGUCAUGGUGGUAUCGGUAUCUCAGAUUGGUCAAGAUUUGUAAACAACUAUGAUAUCGGCCAUGGGCAGGUGCUUUGUCUUCGAAGUUUUGUGGAUACUUCUCCAAUCCCGCUUAUUACGGUAAUGCCUUACAAAGCCAACAGUGUUGAUGUAGUUAUCCAGCUUGAUACAAAAAGCUUGAAGAGAUUGGUUCAGGAUCGUGAGUUCAUGGCUUAUGUAAAGUCUAUCAAUUAA